AUGUUGGCGCGUAGUGUGGGCUGUAGAUGGUUAUCGACGAGUCGUGUCUUUUACAACAAACAAGCGGUCAAGGUGGUUGCAUCAUCGUGCCCUGCCGGAACAUCGCUGAAUCUGAACAUAUGGAAAAGCGGUAAGGACGCCCAAGCACUCGAAGACAAGGAGUAUCCAAGCUGGUUGUGGAGCGUCUUGGAUGCCAAGCAGGCCGUCGAUCAUACCGCUAAGGAUCCAGGGGGGGAGGCCCUGUCGCAGAGAAAGAAGAACAUCAGGAAGGCAAACAGACAGCAAAUCAAACAAAACAACUUCCUAAGUCAACUAUGA